AUGGCCCCCCGGUAUCAUUUCCAUGAGUCCGCCAAAGAAAUCAGACUAGAUGGAUGGACCCUGCGUGCAAAGCUGCGCCGAAAUAACGGAGACUGGGUAGAUGUAAGCUUGCCCUUGGGUGACUGUCUAGGAAAUAAGAAUGGCACCUUUCAAUGGGGAGGCCAAUACGUCGAUCAAUCCGCGCAGAACCCAACCCUGGUGUACUGGGAGGGAUAUCCAAUCCUCAGAGCAUCUCUUAAAGACAACAAUGGUAUAUUCCACGAGCGAGAUUUCAAUCUCUCAGACAAAAUCGGCAAUGGAAAUGGGAAGUUCAUCGUUGAUUUCGCUGCCAUGUCCUUCAGCAGCUACUACUACAGCUCCGCAACAAACAGCAGCGACGGCACCACAACAACAGGCCACCGAUACAGCACCGCCUCGCACACCGAUCCAGAAGGCAACACGGUCGUCCGUACCGCGCACCAGGAUCUAGGCCAGCCUGCUGUCGUCGAGGAACGGCGCUACGAUCGGACGGGCCAGAUGGUGCUCCCUGCUGUAUCGGGGGAUGCCACCAAGAGAAUCACCGAGUUGGAUGAGUCGGGAACGGAGGCGAGUCUCCAUGAUCCAGGGACGAAAUAUUGA